UUUCAGACUUUUCGUCACUACAAGCGAACCUUUGAAGAGUGUGGAUCAAAACAAGCAAGUAAGUAAAAGGAUGGCUUUUCACUGCGACGCAUGCGACAAGUCCUUCACAGAAGAAACGAACUUAGUAAGGCACAAAAAGGCUAUUCACAGUGGGCGAUUAUUCACCUGUGAACGAUGCGGGAAACAGUUUAAUCGGAAGGAUGCCCUAAAAAGACAUGAACAAGUCUGUGAAGGCAGGUCAUCGAAAAGGAAAGUAGAGGAAAAAGAAAACACCCCACCGGUGAAAAAACAGAAGACAAUGAGUGAUGCAGAACUGAUUGAAUAUGAGCUAGCAAACAUACCCCCGGAGAUGUAUGAAGAAUACGACGGAGAAAUUUUAGGGGAUAAUGAAGUGGAUGAUGUACAAAUAGGUGGUGGAGAGACUGAAGAAUGUGCGCUUGGUGGAAAUGUGACCACGUUUAAAUAUAAACCCAACAAACAUGAAAAAUAUGAUCUGUUACUCACCCUGCGAGGAAAAAAGAACACCAUUAUCAAAAAACUGAAAACCCAGCUCAAAAAACAUCGUGGGAUUAAGUGGUUUCUGUGUGUAAAGGUGAAGAUGGUCAAAUCGAGCCCCGGCGGUGAGGACCAGAUCUCAACCCCUCAUUUUCGCACCAAAUGCUACACUGCAGUCAAUGAUACAGAGAUUGAAAAAAACUACGUGCAUGGGAUGGAAAAGAUCAAGAACUCUUUCUUGGAAUACCAGAGAGAAGGGUCUGGAUGGUUAUUGGAAGAGGUGUUGGAAAUCGAUUUAGGAAUCGCUGCUUACACCCCUCUCAAGGGAUCGAGUUACAUACCUCUACCCARGAAGAUCAAAGACAAGAAAGCGGUGCUCAACAUUCAAAAUGAAGAUGAAAAAUGCUUUUUAUGGUCAGUACUAGCAGCGAAACACCCUGUACAUUGGCAAAACAACGCCAACCGCGUCAGCAAUUAUCAAAGGUAUGAAGCUGAACUAAAUAUGUCAGGAAUCGAGUACCCCGUUCAAAUAAAACAUAUUAGCAAAUUUGAGAAGCAGAAUAGAGAAAUCAGUAUCAACGUCUUGGGGUAUGAAGAUGAAGAGCUCUUUCCCCUUUACAUCACAAAAGAAAAUAAAGAAUUACAUGUGAAUUUGUUACUGUUUUCUCAAGAUGACACGCGUCACUACUGUUUAAUCAGGGAUUUAGAUCGUUUAUUGUAUAGCAUGAAUCGACAUGAGCAUCACAUGUACCACUGUAUGUAUUGUUUGCAUGGCUUUGUCAGGCGAGAUUUGUUAGAAGAUUACGAACCUCACUGUAGUAAACACGGACCCCAGAAAAUCAGACUGCCCGACGAAGACCAUACAACACUGUCAUACAAUGACGUGCAAAAACAGUUAAAAGUACCUUUUAUCAUUUAUGCAGAUUUCGAAUCGAUUUUAGUGAAUUGUGAUGAUACAGAAUUAGACCCUAGUACAAGUUUUACACAAAAAACGCAACAGCAUAUACCCAGUGGGUUUUGUUACACUGUAGUAUCGACUGUCGAGCAAUAUUGCUUCCCGCCUGUUCUCUAUCGGGGAGAAGAUUGUGUCGAUAAGUUUUUAGACUGUUUGAUUGAAGAACGAAAGCAGAUAGGGGAAAUCUUGAAGAUGGUAGUACCCAUGGACAUUAGUGAAGAACAGGAGCGGGAGUUUCAGGCAGCAACCCUUUGUCAUAUUUGUAAUGAGGAAUUGGGCGCGGACAGGGUAAGGGACCAUGAUCAUUUGACAGGGGCGUACAGGGGGGCGGCCCACAAUGACUGUAACUUGAAUUAUAAGUUUACAGGAAAGAUACCCGUUGUUCUUCACAAUCUUCGUGGGUACGACUCACAUUUAAUUCUACAAAAACUCGGAAAAAUCAAGGGGGAGAAUAUUAGUUGUAUACCCAAUAAUACGGAAAAGUAUAUUUCAUUUUCAGUUGGGGAUUUAGUAUUCAUAGACUCACUUCAGUUUUUGAAUAGCUCACURGAGAAAUUAGUAAUGAAUCUAAGUAAGGAAGGAGAUGAUAAGUUUAAGACCCUGAAGAAGUAUGUGGAGAGUGAGAAGGUAUCUCUCUUGUUGAGGAAGGGGGUGUACCCCUAUGAAUACAUGAAUAGUUUUGGUAAAUUUGAAGAAACAGGCUUACCCCGCAUCGAUUGCUUUUAUAGUUCGUUGACGGGUAGCACGAUUUCACAAGCAGACUACGAACAUGCACAGAAUGUAUUUAGAGAAUUUCAGUGUAGGAAUCUAGGAGACUAUCAUGACUUGUAUUUGAAAUCGGACGUUUUGCUGUUAGCAGAUGUGUUUGAAAACUUUAGAGAAGUUUGUCUGGAGUACUACCAACUCGACCCAGGUCAUUUUUACACCUCUCCCGGUCUUUCUUGGUUAGCAUGUUUAAAGAUGACUGGCGUGGAGUUGGAAUUACUCACAGACCCCGAUAUGUAUCUGUUUUUGGAGGAAGGGUUAAGAGGUGGGAUUUCGAUGAUUACACAUCGAUUUGCAAGAGCGAAUAAUCGCUAUGUAGAGGGUUAUAACCCAGAAUUAGAAAAUAAUUAUAUCAUGUAUCUCGACGCAAACAAUCUCUACGGUUGRGCUAUGUCUGAAGCGCUCCCUGUUAACAACUUUGGAUGGUUGAGUGACCCGGAAGUGGACGAACUUCGCGAGAACCUCAUGACCAUCCCUGUAGAUGGAGGUGAAGGAUAUAUACUGGAAGUAGACCUCAGCUACCCCAAAGAACUACACGAUUUUCAUAAUGACUACCCCCUAGCACCAGAAAGGCGAAAGGUAACAGAGGAAAUGCUCUCUCCCUACUGUCAGCAACUUCUUGAGGACCUGAACCUUGGCGGUGCUCCCACAGACAAACUGGUACCUAACUUGAACGAUAAGACGAAGUACGUUCUUCAUUACCGCAACCUGCAACAGUACUUGUCACUGGGUAUGAAACUGGAGAAAGUAYACCGRRUGUUGGGGUUUGACCAAUCUCCCUGGCUAAAGAAAUACAUCGACUUCAAUACMGAAAAACGGAAAAAUGCAAGAAAUGACUUUGAAAAAGACUUUUUCAAAUUAAUGAAUAAUUCAGUGUUUGGCAAGACCAUGGAGAACUUGAGGAAGCGAGUGAAUGUGAAACUGGUGAACACGGAAAAGCAGCUCAAGAAACUGACAGCAUCCCCCCUCUUUGACUACUUCAGAAUCUUUGAUGAAAACUUGGUGGCAGUCAACAUGAAGAAACCAUCACUUUAUUUAAAUAGACCUAUUUACAUCGGGUUCAGUAUUUUAGAAUUGUCUAAAACCCUGAUGUACGACUUUCGUUAUAAUUACAUCAAGCAGAAAUACAGUASCCAG